AUGCGCUUCCAAGUCCUUGCUCCCGCCGCCCUCCUCGUUGGCAUCACCAACGCCAAACCCACCAACUCCACCGCCGCCUCGGUCUCCUUAUACCCCGACACCGGCUUCGUCGGAACCACCGUCGCCUGGCCCGUUGACGGCCAGUGCCACGACAUUGCCGACAAGGCCCCGAAGCUCAAAGCGGUCGGAUCCAUCAAGGUCUACGGCAACGCCCUCUGCCACCUCCACGAGUAA